AUGAUGAAAGUUGGUCGGCUGGCAAUCUCUUUUGACGAGGAAGAUCUGGAGGGGACAAUCCAACCUCAUGAUGAUGCGUUGGUAGUAACAGCACAGAUAAGCGAUUUUUUGGUGAAAAGAGUGAUGAUAAACCAGGGAAGUGGAGCUGAUGUUAUGUACCCAGAUUUGUGCGAGGGGCUCGAAUUAAAAAAUCAAGACUUGGUGAAAUAUGAUACGCCACUAAUCUCGUUUGACGGAAGAGUGGUAAUUCCCAAAUGUCAAAUUUCUCUCUCGGUGAAUAUGGAAGGCAAGGAAGUAAUGGUGACAUUCAUAGUAGUCAGAUUGUUCUCGCCGUACACGGCAAUCCUGGGAAGGCCGUGGAUUCACGCAAUGAAGGUUGUUCCAUUCACCCUGCAUAUGAAAGUUAAAUUUCCCACUGAGGACGGAGUUGCCGUGGUAUGGGGAAACAAGGGAGUGGCUAGGCAGUGUCUGGUCGCCGCAGUUAGGUGGAAGGGCGAGCCGAGUGGACAAAAGGAAACUACCGAAGGAACAACUUUAUAG